UAUUUCUCGCGGUCACACAGCUUUCAUCGUUGCGGUCGCACGUGUUUACUAGUGUGUUUAAAUUUCAGAUCAUCAAGUUAGAAAUAUAUAAAAACUGCUACAAUGCCGCGCUCGAAACGUGAUAAGAAAGUGUCCCUAACGAAGACAGACCGCAAGGGUUUGGCAUGGAAACAGCGGAUCAUCGAAGAUAUUCGGGUUUGCGUUGAGAAGUAUCCCAACAUUUUCGUGUUUCAGGUACAGAAUAUGCGUAAUAAUCUGCUUAAAGAUCUGAGACAGGAGUGGAAACGCAACUCACGUUUCAUCUUUGGCAAAAACCGCAUAAUGCAAAUCGGAUUGGGUCGCAAUAAAGCUGAGGAAGUGGAGACGGGCAUUCACAAGCUUUCGAAGCGUCUUAGUGGUCAAGUGGGUCUGUUAUUUACGGAAAAGUCAAAAUCAGAAGUUCUGGAAUGGGCCGAAAACUAUUGGGCUGUAGAAUAUGCUCGCAGUGGUUUUAAAGCAACUGAAACUGUUACUUUGCCAGCCGGGCCACUUGAGGAAUUCGCUCACUCCAUGGAGCCACAUUUGCGUUCAUUGGGACUGCCCACGAAGCUCGAAAAGGGCAUUGUAACCAUCUACAGUGAUUACACUGUCUGCGAGGAGGGCAAGGUACUGACCCCAGAGCAAGCACGUAUCCUGAAAUUGAUUGGGAAACCUAUGGCCAAGUUUCGCCUGACUAUGAAGUGCUCGUGGACAAAGGCCGAUGGCUUCCAGCUGUAUGUUGAGGAUGAUGUACAGGAGGAUACAGCGGAAACCCCAAUGGAAGAGGAUGAAGAUAACGAAGAUGAUGAUGACGAGGACGAGGAGGAAUGAAUUAAUAGCUAAUAAUUGCAAAUAGAAGUUAAGUUUAUGAAUAUGUAUAUAAUUAUAUAUAU